CUGCUGUUGGCUUUCUGACAGUUUCCAGUGUCAUUACCAUGUCAGCCCCUUUCUUUCUGGGGAAAGUUAUUGAUGUUAUUUAUACAAAUCCCAGUGAAGACUUCACUGACAGCCUGACCAGCCUGUGUGCCUUGCUGAGUGGAAUCUUUUUAUGUGGUGCUGCUGCUAAUGCUACUCGUGUCUACCUCAUGCAGACUGCAGGACAAAGAAUUGUGAAACGUUUGAGAACAACCAUGUUCUCCUCUAUUCUGAAGCAAGAAACUGCUUUCUUUGACAAGACCAGAACAGGAGAGCUGAUAAACCGCUUAUCUUCAGAUACAGCCCUCCUGGGCCGUUCCGUGACUGAAAACCUUUCAGAUGGGCUCAGGGCAGGAGCGCAAGCAUCUGUGGGGGUUGGCAUGAUGUUUUUUGUGUCUCCUAGCCUUGCUGCAUUUGUUCUGAGCGUUGUGCCACCCUUGGCUGUCCUGGCUGUGAUUUAUGGAAGAUACUUGCGAAAACUGACUAAAAUGACCCAAGAUUCUCUUGCAGAAGCAACACAGUUAGCUGAAGAGCGUGUUGGAAACAUAAGAACAGUUCGAGCUUUUGGGCAAGAAGUGGCUGAAAUGGAGCAGUAUACAAAUAAAGUCGAUUAUGUGCUACAACUGGCUAAAAAAGAGGCACUAGCCCGGGCAGGCUUCUUUGGAGCAACUGGCCUUUCUGGAAACUUAAUUAUCCUCUCAGUCUUAUACAAAGGAGGAUUACUGAUGGGCAGUGCCUACAUGACAGUUGGUGAACUCUCAUCUUUCCUAAUGUAUGCUUUCUGGGUUGGAAUAAGCAUUGGAGGUCUAAGUUCCUUUUAUUCUGAGCUAAUGAAAGGACUAGGUGCUGGUGGACGUCUAUGGGAACUUAUUGAAAGGAAGCCCCAACUUCCAUUUAAUGAGGGAAUCACAUUAGGCAAAGACACAUUCAGAGGUGCUUUGGAAUUCAAGGACGUUGAGUUUGCAUAUCCAACACGUCCAGAAACAUCCAUUUUCAAAGAUUUUAGCCUUUCCAUUCCAGCUGGCUCUGUUAUGGCUCUAGUUGGCCCAAGUGGUACAGGGAAAUCAACUAUUGUAUCCCUUCUACUGAGGCUGUAUGAUCCUAUCUCAGGUACUAUCACCGUUGAUGGCUUCGAUAUCCGUCAGUUAAAUCCACUGUGGUUCAGGACAAAGAUUGGAACAGUGAGUCAGGAACCAAUUCUGUUCUCCUGUUCUAUUGCUGAAAAUAUUGCCUAUGGUGCAGAGGAUCCUUCUACUGUGACUGCAGAGGAGAUUCAGAAAGUUGCUGAAAUAGCUAAUGCUGCUAGCUUCAUCAGAGAUUUUCCAAAAGGGUUUGACACUGUAGUUGGAGAAAAAGGCAUUUUGCUUUCAGGUGGACAGAAGCAACGAAUUGCAAUUGCUCGAGCUCUGCUCAAGAAUCCUAAAAUUCUUCUGUUAGAUGAAGCAACAAGUGCUUUGGAUGCUGAAAAUGAGUAUCUAGUGCAAGAAGCUCUGGACCGGCUGAUGGAAGGGAGGACAGUCCUAAUUAUUGCUCAUCGUCUGUCCACUAUUCAGAAUGCUGAUUUUGUUGCAGUCCUUGGACAGGGUAAAAUUCUUGAAUGUGGAAAACAUGAGGAACUACUUGCAAAUCCAAAUGGACUUUUCAGGAAACUAAUGCAGAAACAAGCUUUUCUUCAGAGUAGUGAUACUUUUGCAUUAGAUUUACAAUCUAGAGAAAAGGAUGUAUUAAAAGAAAAUGUAUGAGAGAAUGUAUGAAUAAUGGAAGCUUACAAACUACAAAGAAUAUAACUUAUGUUUCAGUUAUAUAAAGUAAAUGUUAUAUUUUUCCAAAGUGUACAAAAUAUUCUUUUGAAACUUAAAUGUGUUUAAACUUUUUAUUGAAAGCUUUUUAAUAAUUAUUGCCACUUUUAAAAACAUCUAUCACAUGGAGAUAAUUUCAAUGUAUAGAUUUUUCUGCUUUGUGUUAUUGAGACCAUUUAGAAUCUUGUUUGCUGUAAUGCACUGUAUGAUGAUUUGCUGCAUUCUCAAGUAAGUUCAGUCUUUUAAGGGUAAUUAAAUGACAAUCUUACCAUUUUCAUAUCAUUGUCUCUGCCCUUUUCAAGGAACUUUUGCUUGCUGUGCUUGUCAGUAGUCUUAAAAUGCUGGAAUUCAAAAAUGUGUGACACUAAUGUACUCUUGAGAGUUCUGUCUGACUUCACUGUCCUCUCAGUUACCUUUUGUUCUGAAAUCUGAAAGUUGAUUAUGAUCACCAUCUACAGUUACUGUAGAGAAUUACCUAUGAGAACACAUUUUCGAGAGUAUGGAAUCAUGAGUUGGAGGAAGAUUUAAAAAAAAAAAAAAACCACAAGCAAACAGAAGCCACACAAAACAGCUCAACCAAACAAAAAUCUGAGUUUACAUAAGGACAAAGGAAGCAUAUUGGUAUAUUAAGUCAGCACAGGAAAAUCUAAAAUUUGCAUGCAUUUUCUUCCCUUCUCUAUUUUCCCAGGUCUUUAGUUUCAUUUCCUUUGUAAGGUGACGUCCGAAAGAACAUGCUCUUAUAUAUGUAAGGUUUUCUCCUUCUUUAAGGCAUAUGUAAGUUCUUUUUAUUGUGACUUAAAAUUUCAUCUAUAGAAAUUCCUGGUUUUGCCAAAUUACCUUAUUAGGGACAACUAGUAAACCACCUUCACAAGGACAACUAUUAAAAUAAUAGUAUUACAUUCAUUUGAAUAACUGCAGGAGGAUACAUUUGGCAGUAAAGAGUAAGCUUCAUGUUUCUAAUUUAAGAAUCUCUUCCAAUAGAAUCUCUAAACUUUCUGAAGAUGCAAAACCCCACAAGAUAUAACUUUAAAAAGGUAGAAACUUUCCAGGUCACAUUAAAACUCAUCUAUGCUAGAAAAACUUGCUGCUGGAAAACUUUAUUAGCGAUAGAUGACCUACCUAGUGCUGAGCAAGCUUAAAAUGUGCCAUUAAUGGCCCUUUGUGGAACAUAGUGAAAACACUAAAGAGAUCCCUGUGCUAGGGAAGGAAAAUAAAACUACAUCCAGACGUAAUUUUAUCUUCUGAUACAGUUUUACUAGAAGCAGAUACUGUACUAAAAAUACGCCAAAAAUACCACUGACCCAAUGUUUAAUUUCCCUGUUGACUACCAAUUAUUGUCUUUGUAAUGUGUUUAG